CUCGUGCGUUAAAAAACGUGUAUACAAAACUGACUGCUCAACUAAUCGUAGCAAGCAAACAUAUUUCAUCAAAACGUAAAGGAAUUAAAUUAGUUCUCUCUGUUAAAGACGAAAACAGUUAACAAUGAAAGAGGGACAGGAUCGUAAUCUGGACUUCGCCCCAGUUGCAUCCAUUGAUAAAGUGGCAUUAAACAAUAAGGUUAUAAAGAUGAGAGCAGAUGUUCAGAGAGCAAAGCUUUAUGUUAUUAAUGACCUCACAAGGAAGGCUAAGAAAUUGCGAACCAAAAAGGGUUCUGAUGAACAAAAGAAGAAGAACAGUGAAAAGGCUGACAGGUUAAUUGAAGAAGUUAAAGUGAUUAAGAUUCUGAAGAAAGACUUUGUUUCAAAGUAUGCGCUUGGAGCCACUGAAAAGUUUCAGACUUUAAUUGCAAAGCCUACAACCUCUAUGGAGCAGCGGGCUUUGGCAAGACUUUCUGAAAACAAGUUUAUUCAUGAGAAAGUGACAGAGUUCAGAAAUGGGCACACAGACUGGAAAGAGCUGGCUGCCUUCUUGAUGACCAAACACACAUCAAGAGAGUUCAACAAGAAAAAGAAAGCCAAAGAGAAACUGAAGAAGGUUGAGACUAACGUAAAUGCAUCUGAAACACUCAUUCAUGCAUACCUUGGUGGAAAACUGAGUUCCAUAAGGUCAGAAUUGGAGGAUGAAGAGGAAAUGAAUACAGAGGUGGGAACAAAGCUUAGUCAAGAUCCAGAUGAAAUGGUUGAAAGUGAAUCUGAAGAUGAGUCAGAACUGAGCAAUGGCGAAAAUGUGACCUCUGAUGAUGAUGAGAGUCAUUUGGAUGAAGUAGGAGCAGUACUUGGGAUUAGUAAUGAUGAUGAAGAUGAUGACUUUGAAAUACCAUCUGUGUAUGCUAAAGAGGAACGUGAUGUUGGAGAUAGUAGUGAGGAAUCUAGUGAGAGUGAAGAUGAUGAUGGUCGCAGUAAAAUACAAAAGAAAAACCUUGGGGAUGCCAUUCGUUUAUUAGCACAACAAAAGAAAGCAAACAAAAACUUACUAGAAGAGAAACAACUCAAACCAGAUACAAAGUCUAUAAAACAAUCUGAAAAACAGCUUUCAAGUAAUAUGAAGAAGAAAGGUGUUUCCCAUGAAACUAUGAACGAAACAUUAGUUUUAAAAAGUGUAAGUACUAAAGAUGGUAAAGAUAAAAAGAAAACCGAAAGUAAAAUUGUUUUAAAAACAAGUAAAACAGCCAAAAAUGUAAACAAUAUAAAAUGUGAUAAAAACACAUCAAAGGGGAAAGAUGUAGUAAUUAAACAAUUAAGUAGUGAUGAUGAUGAGGAGGAGGAGGAGGAUUAUAAUGAUGAUGAUGAUGAUGAUGAUGAUGAUGAUGAUGAUGAUGAUGAUGAUGAUGAUGAUGAUGAUGAUGCAUCAAUGGCAGAAAAGGAUGACAAUCAUAGUGGUGAAGAAGAUGAGGAAGUUAGUCAUAGUGAUAAUAGUUCUGAUGAUUCUUAUGAUAAUGUCAGAGAAAGUAAUCCGGCAAACAAAAUUAAUAAGUCCUCAAAGAAAUCAGUGACUGUGAAGCCUUUGCCAAAGAUGAAAACUCAGGGUGAAAUGAUAAUUAAACGAAUUGAUUUAUCAAAAGACUUGGAAACAGAAGAAGUACCGGCAAUUCUCACUAACAAACAAGAAAAAUUGGCAAGAACUGGAAAGCGGACAGUGAAAGAUGAAUUCUUUGCAUGUAGUGACAGUGAAGGAAAUGAUGAAGAGGAAAUGUUCAGUGAGACAAAAGCUGAUAACUAUGAAGAAAUUGAGGAGGAGGAGCAAACGGGUUCUGAGGCUACAAGGCUGGACCUGAACUCGUUCUCCACUACAUUUGUUGGGUCUCUGAGCUCAGAAAAGAUGAUGGAAUGUACGGAGAAGCAGUUCCGUACCAACCUGGAGUGGAAAAAGCUGAGGCAGGAGAAGUUUUCAAGAGGUGGCCAGCAGUCCAGUAGAGGUCACUUUGGUUCUCAGGGACGAGGAACAUUCAGGGCGGGAUCAGAUUCAGGCCAGGGGAGGGGUGGUUUUGGUGCCCGUGGUAAGGGCUAUGUCCAGGAAGAGGGGUUCAGCAGGGGGCCUAGAGGUCGAGGGGGGUCAGAGAAAGGGGGCAUGCAGGGGGAGCCAUUCGGGCGGGACCGUGGUUUGCAUGGCAGUGGAAGGGGUUCAGAAAGGGGCCGUGGAGCAGCAAUGCCAAGCAGACCCUGGAUGGCGAGAGGGCCAUCUGGAAACCAGUCUGCUGAGAAACUUCACCCUUCGUGGGAGGCCAGUAAGAAACGCAAGCAGCAACAGAACACCAUAGCAGCCUUCGAGGGAAAGAAAGUCAAGUUUGAUGAGUGAUGUUUGAAUUUUUGUUUUUGUUACUGAAUGAUAUAUUAUAUUUAAAAUAUUAAUAAAGGAUGGACUCAGUA